CGCGUCCCGGGGCAGGCGGAGCCGGUUCGCACCCCCGGACCCCGGGAGCCAGGCCGGAGGGCGCGCGGGGGGCGGGGCGGGGGCCGGGCGAGGCGCGCCUCCCAUUGGCCGCCGGGCGCCGCGCGGUGCGGGCCGCCUGCAUAAAGCCGCCGCGGGCGCCGGAGCCGCACUGCUCGCUCCCGCGCCGGCCCCGUCUCCGCUCGCUCCGCACGCCCGGCCGCCCGCGCCCACCAUGGCCACCGUUCAGCAGCUGGAAGGAAGAUGGCGCCUGGUGGACAGCAAAGGCUUUGAUGAAUACAUGAAGGAACUAGGAGUGGGACUAGCUCUGCGAAAAAUGGGUGGAAUGGCCAAGCCAGAUUGUAUCAUUUCUUGUGACGGCAAAAACCUCACCGUAAAAACUGAGAGCACUUUGAAAACAACUCAAUUUUCUUGUACCUUGGGAGAGAAGUUUGAAGAAACUACAGCUGAUGGCAGAAAAACUCAGACUGUCUGCAACUUUACAGAUGGCGCAUUGGUUCAACAUCAGGAAUGGGAUGGGAAGGAAAGCACAAUAACAAGAAAAUUGAAAGAUGGGAAAUUAGUGGUGGAAUGUAUCAUGAACGAUGUCACCUGUACUCGGGUCUAUGAAAAAGUAGAAUAAAAAUUCCAUCAUCACUCUGGGCAGGAAUUAGUUAUGAGAACGAAACAAGCUCAGUUCAAUGAGCAAAUCUCCACACUGCUUUUUUUUUUUUUCAUUACUGUAUUCAAUUAUCUUUAUCACAAAUAUUUUACAUGCAACUAUUCUAAAGUGUUGGUUUAAUUAGGUGAAUCCCUUUGGUUAAUAAAUAAAUGUGUUUGUGCUAAUA